CUGACUAAGCCGAGCUAUCCGAAAGGGCCAAGCCGAUCAACCUUUGGUCCCAUCUGCAACCAGAACUGGGCGUUACGUCAGCUUCCACACGCAUCCGACCGCCCCUUUCACGCCGUGCCGCUGUUGCCUUGCGACACACUUCAAACGUUCAACACCACAUCAACCCUCCGCAUCCCCGAUUUCUACCUUCCCGGCGCUUGCCUCUCCAGUGUUCGCGUCAAUGUUCCGCUUCUGGACAUCCGACUCAAGGGGAAGCGGCAAGACGGUAGAUGGACACCACCAGCUUCUCGAUUGCGACAACUCGGUCGCGCACAGCCGAUCUGGGCUCCCCACCCCCAUAUCCCCCAAAAGGCGGCGACCAAGCCUCGUCGACACGGCCGCUUGCGCCUAUCCACCGGCCAAGCGCCCCAAGACCGAGCAAGAUGGUGACUUGCCCUCCCCUGUUUCGGCAUCGGCCGACGGUGACGAGAUGGGCGCGUUGUGCGGGCCAAGCAUAGCGCCCGACCUUGAUGCGGCGAGGGAGGCCAUCGAGAUGCAGUUUGGGCUCGAGAUACUCCUCAAGCACGACGAACUCCGACUCAUCAACCAGGAAUUGGCCAAGUGUCAGGUUGCGCUUGAGCAGCUGAGGCGUUGUCACCUCAUCCCAUACCCCCUGCAGUGUCCCACGCCCAGCCAAAUGCUGCACAUCAGCAAUGGCAGCGGACCGGCCUUGGGGUCGAAACGCGGCGAGCCUGUGCCGAAAUGGGCGCCGCCCUUUGGUGUCGUCGAGGGGCCGUAUGCGCGUCAUUAUGCUAAGUGGCUAAUUCCUGACCCCGUGUUUGAUGGCAUCCAGUGCGAGCCCCAAGGAUUGAUGGACACGGGUCGUGUGAAGAACACGGCGGAAGGUAGGGCGACGAGAAGCAGCGUGUCCGAUGCUGCAGGCUCCGGUAAACAGCGGCCGGUCCGCGGCACCGCAGGCCAGAGGUUACAGGCGCUAUCCAGUGGAUAUCCUCAACCCAAGGACAAGAACUCGCCCUGCACUGUCACGAAAGCCGAUGGCGUCGUAGUCAAGCUCAUCUGCAUCGACUGCCAGAGAUGGGACUUUUCAAGCACGCAGGGUUUCAUCAAUCACUGCCGCAUUGCCCAUAGGAGGGAUUUCAAAAGCCACGAGGAGGCCGCGAUCGCCUCGGGGCAUCCUAUCGAGGUUGACGAACGAGGUGCUAUCGUUGGUGAUGACCACAAGCCCCCUGCUGCCGCGCCCUCCGGGCUUGUUCACCCCCUGGCGCACUCUGAGUCGACGCUCGAGCACCGAGAAUAUGCAACCCUACUCUCUCGUAUCCAGGCGUCGCUUGUGCUCUACAAGGCGGGGAAGCUGCCGGGUGUGGGCAGCGUACCCAGCCUUCCAAGUUCGCCCCGCGAUUCAGCUAGCACGUCUUCGCAAAGCUUUGUCGGGUCUUCGGACGUUCCCUAUCUGUCACAGUUGAUGCAAAGGAAGAAGAUGGGAGGGAACCUGAAGCAGCAAGUGACUGAGGCGAAGACUAAGGUGGAUUGGAACUGGCCGUCACCUGAUGUGGAUUCGGAAACGGAUUCGGCGCCCGCUACCGAGGACAGCGCGACCCGAGAGCAGCCCUUGGCUUCAGCCGUACGCACGCCUGCCGCGAUGAGGAUGCCCUCAAGGGCUGCUGUGUCCCCGUCUCACCCUCCAGCUGCGUAUCGGGCUGCUAGCAACAAGGGCCUCCGCACUACCCACGGCACCAAUCUCGAGUCCCCUAAGCUCCCCGAAACCCCUAUGUACGAUGAUGAGAUGGGUGUGGACUUGAGUCCGAAUACCGUGACUAGCAACCAUGCACCAUCCUUGGUUAGUGACGAUGGGGAGUAUGACGACUCUGAUGACGGAUCAGGUUCAGACACGAGCGACGCCAUGGAGACGGACUCGGUUUCUGACGUGGCUGAGAUCAACAUCAACGACGAGGGAGACGCCCGGGAACCCACACCCCCGCCCGUUCCGCGUCGCCAUGGAUCUACCAGCAAGGCGGUGAAACUGAAGAAAGACGAGAGCAGGCACGUCACAUUUGUGAGCCCAACCCCCGUGCCGACCAACAAUAAUAAGGGGAAACGGAAGAAGAAUUGAGGCCCGCACCUGCUGCGCUGGGUGCUGGAACUGGGCCCGACGAUACCACUUUCACGACCGAAGAAAUUGCACAACCGUAUACAUUUUUAAUACGA